GAGCCGAGCAUCUCUGCAGCAUCGUGUCGGAGCGGAGCAGCCCCAUGGGCAGCGCUGACAUUGUGGGCAGAGGAACUGCCAAGUCGUCACUGUUGCAGUGCUGCUUGGAAAACGUGCGGGCUCCUUCAGUGGUUUGGGCUUUUCUACAAUAAAUUGCUCAUGAAGAAAUUUUAAAUCCUUCUGGAGAAAAAAAAUAAAAAAUCCCCAACAAGUUGUUUCCAAGAGGAAGUCCAGUGUCCAGACAAAAGUGGCUCCAGCGCCACUUCGUUUCCUGCUGCAGGCGAUAUGAGGCAGUCUGGGGCGACAAGGAGCUCAGGGCGUGCAAGGAGACAAAAGGUAAAAAAGCAGAAGCAGAAUAAUUUCCGUCUCUGGAAUGAUGCCGAGGUCCGAAGCUGACGCAUCCAUGUGUUUUCCAUCUCGGCGGCACAAGAAGGGUUUUAGUCUUAACUGCCCUCAUGGGUUUUCAGUCCAGAUUUAUCACUAAUUAAAACGGGCAGCGGCUGGCACUGUCCUGUGCGCCGUGAAUUUAGAGAGAAGAUAGUCAUAGAUUGCUUUUCCAAGUGAAGCCAUAGCAAUAACAGGAAGGAAAACGUUAGCAGAAAUUUAAAGUGCAGCUCGGGGAUCCAAGAACAAUUUCUGCUUCGUGAACUCUUGCUAUCGCAGCGUGUGAGCUCAGCACAGCUGUGGCUGGGAUUUCACCUCCGAGCAUCCCUGCGAGCUGGCUCAGCUGAAGAUGAGCACCGUGUUUCUCCUGCUCCUGGUGGCCACCGCCAGCGUCGGCGCCGUGCUGGAGAAGGGCCUGCCACGACAGGAAGCGCGGCGCCUCUCAUGCGUGCGGUGCUGCGGGCCUUCCGAGCAGCCCGUCUCCAUCAUCUCCUCGCGGUACACGAGGAUGAGCAGCGACCCUGCUUUUUCGGUACCCAAAGUCCAGCCCACCAUCGAUAUCACCAUCCUCAAAGGUGAGAAGGGUGAAAUGGGAGAAAAAGGGUACCCUGGAGCAGUUGGGAAGGAAGGAGAGAGGGGUCUACGUGGCUUUAAUGGACGGAAGGGCCAGAAAGGCCAGCCUGGCCCACAGGGCCAUUCCUGCAAGCAGCUCUAUGCUGCUUUUUCAGUGGGUCGGAGAAAGCCCCUUCAUAGCUCAGACUACUUCCAGCAAGUCAUUUUUGACACUGAGUUUGUGAACCUCUACAAGCACUUCAACAUGUUCUCAGGGAAGUUCUUCUGCUAUGUGCCAGGGAUCUACUACUUCAGCCUCAAUGUCCACACCUGGAACUUCAAGGAGACCUACCUGCACCUGAUGAAGAACGAGAAGGAGGUGGCCAUCCUCUACGCCCAGCCCAGCGACCGCAGCAUCAUGCAGAGCCAGAGCCUGAUGCUGGACCUGCAGGAAGGAGAAGAGGUCUGGGUGCGGAUGUUCAAGCGGGAGCGAGAAAAUGCCAUCUACAGCGAGGAGUCUGAUGUUUACAUCAUCUUCAAUGGCCAUUUAAUCAAGCCAGCUGUAGAGUAGCUGUUCUUCAGCUUCAGGCUCAAAGCUUUGGCAGGGCAUUAGUGUCUUCCCUCGUAGAAAUGCACAUGUCUAGCUCCACUUGGAAGAAUUGCAGCUGGCAGCCUCCUGGCCUGCAGAUGGGGAUGGGGCUGUCUGUCCAUGCCAAGGACACCUAUGUGGAUGGAGGUGGUGGUGUUUCAAGGUGAUGCAAGCUAUGAGUACAGAGAAGGUUUAACCCUUAACAUGCCCUGGAGACAAAGCACAGAAGGCCCCAGUUGUACAGCCCUGUAUAGAUCCCCAGGAUCAUCCCUGAAGUCUGCCAAGUUGGAAGCAAAAAAUAUAGUGUCUGCUCUGCUUUGGAAAAGACAUUUUGAAUUGGCUGUAAUGGUCAUCUUCAGACACCUGUAAUCUGGUGGCUAGUUAAGGAAUGUAUCUACUCCUAAAACAAUGCUUAUAUCUUUGCAGUGCGUACUAUUGCUAAUAAGAGCACCUACACCAGGUCUGCUCCAUUCAGGUGGGCAAGAACGCACCAGUAUUAAGAAUAUUUUGCACAGUACAUUUACCCUAAAUUACAUUUUUUUGUUCCAUUUCAUGUAAUACUACAUUCUGAGAGCAUAAUGCUAGAAUUACAUAAAUAACAGUGUAUCGAUAUGAGAAUACUUUGAGGCAUAGUUUUAAGUACAGCUGCAGACACAUGCCAUAACUUUGCUAGACCACUAUAUUGCUAGCAAAACAUUUUGCACAAGAACAUCCAGCCCAGGUGGGAGCACAUUUAUUUCCAUUUUUAAGGAAAAAAACAGGCUCUGCCCUGGAAUCUGAUUCAUGAGUGCUCAUGGCCAAGCUGGAGCCUGAGGCCAUCCUGGUGUCUGGAAACUACCAUCUUACAGCACCAUCUCUGGCAGCUGGAGGAGGAAACUGGGAAGAAAAACGGUGCUUUUCUAAAAGCAGCAAUAUUUCAGGGGAUUUGGUUUCCUUUCUUCAUCCCAAAAGAUAUUGAUAUAACAGUGGAAAGGUACAUGCAACAGCAAGAAGCCUUGUUUUCCCUCAGUUCCUCCAUCCCUAUUUCCCCAGUCUCCUGUUUGCAUCCCAAGCCAUUUGUAUGAAGGAUACAUGAAAAGUUCUUGCUAGGCAAAUUGCUUCACUGCUGUGCCUCACCACAGCUAUUCAGAAAAGUAGCUGAAAUAAACAUUUUGCUUUGAAUACA